CGAGAAAGACUGACCGGAUAAUGAUAAUAAUAAAAGAAGCGACGCUGGGAAGAAUGUCUCACUCCCAGUAGGAUUCGCAAGAGUAGUAUCCUCGAAUCAUUUUUAAAGGUUAGCGUUACUGUAUAUGUUGGGUUUUGAAACGUAGUGCAACGAGUCUAUCCUCAAAAGAGGUCUGUGUGGUGAUGCUGCUUCGGAUCGUCUCCUCUCAAACGCCACUGCUCUCUCCCUUCUCCCUUCAUCCCAACCGUACAUUCCCUUCUCCUUCUCACGCUAACAGCAAUUUGGAGAGGAGGAGAUGGUCUCUCCAUGCGGUGGAGAAAGAAUCUCAGUUCCAGAUCGAUCGAGAAAAAGCCCGGGAAGCGUUGCAGAAGCUCGACCAGCAGCUCCAGUCCCUCUCUCAGAGAACAGAAUCCCCCUCCAAGAACAAAAGGGAUUCCUCCUCCCCCUCUCCUCCUUACUUUGACCCCAGUUUAGAGAGAGAGUUAAUGACUGGAAGGAGGACUGAAGAAAUGCCAGAAAUUUCCGGAUCAUAUCUUGCAUAUUCUGCGGUUGCUCUUGUCAUCCUCACCGUCUUUAACAAUAUAGUGUUCGGCCUCUUCAUCAAACCAUCAGUGGAAGGCGUGGAGCCUGCCCCAGCCACUGUAAGAAGAGAGCCUUUGAAUGCAGAGAUGAUGAAGCAGGCCCCACCACUCAUGGACCAACGCUGAUAUUGCAGUUGCUUCAGCUUUAGUAAGUGAUGGACUUUCUCUAGCUCUAAUUCAAUAUCCAACUAGUGAUUAUACUAUCUGUACUGAUCGUCGUAUGCAAACGGGUAUGUAUGCAUCCAAAUUUUAUUUUAUUUUUCUUUUAAUAUUUAAAUCGAUAUCAUUUUAUUGCUGUAAAUUGUGUUUUAAACAGAGAUCAAUGUCAUAGUCCAACGCUUAUGUAUUUUUAAAUGGAUUUCAAUAUCAAAUGGGUUUGUACCCCUCA